GAAAACAAGUCAAAAAUGCUUGUGGUAAGUAAAAUCUAUAUUAUUAUUAUUAUAAGUAAUGACCUAAUUCUUUUUUUUUUUUUUAUAAUAGUCAACUGUCAAAAAGCUUGCAAGAAAUGUGAUGAAGGUCGAGCAUGUCAACGAUGUUUGAAACUUGGAAUUGCUGAUACUUGUGUUGAUUCUCCUAGAAAGGAACGGUUAAAAGGCGUAAAACGUGGUCCAUAUAAGAAACGUCAAAAACAACAAAAUGGAAUCAAGGAUCAAACCGAAAAUAAGGCUAUUCAACAACCAUAUGAAUCUGCUGUAGUAUGGGAUCCAAUUCAACCUUCUUCUUCUGAUUUGAUGAUGCUUAGUCAUGAUACCAAUGGAUAUUAUUCUUCACCUAUUCCUACUCAAUCUUCUUUUCUUGAUAAUACUUCACCUUUAUCAUUGAGUGAACAUUAUACUUCACCAUUACAAUCAUCUUCUUUAUCAACAUCACCUGCAUCAUCUACCAUGAUUUUACCUCAAGAUACCCUUCAAUCCUUAUUUACUAUGGAAGACAUGAAUUUGUCUGUUCCUAUUGCUUAUGAUCCUAUUUACCCUUCUCAACAAAGUAUUUCACCAUCAUCAUCUCCUGUUGCUUCUUUAACUUGGUCUACUUCUUCUCCUACAACCACAAGUUUUAUUCCUCAUUUGACUCAAUCUAUAUAUCAACCAUCUAUUAUACAACAACAACCACCAAAAGAACUUUAUCAGCAAUCAAAUGAACAAUAUCCUUGGUAUUGGGAUCCAUCUUAUGAUUGGUCAUCUACUUAUUCUCAACCUUUUAUGUAAAUGAUUUCCAUUUUAUUUUAUUUAUUUAUUUUUAUUUUAUUUUUAUGAUCCCCUUUCUUCUUGUUUUGUUUUGAUUGAUUAUAUGCCAUUUCUUUUAUAUAUAUAUGCUUCAUCUUUUUUUUUUACUAUACCCUUUAUAUUGAAAUACAUAGACAUGCCAUACAUUUUUCCCCUUUUGAUUUAGACAACAACAAAAAAAAAAGUUUUUUCUUAUCAUUUAUUACUAUAGAAUUUCAUUUAUCAUCAUCAUCAUCAUCAUCAGCAUAUUUCUUUUAUUUAUUCAUUCCAAUCCUUUUAGUAUAAUAUCAUCA